GUCAUUCUCCAAUAACAGUAUCAAAACAAUCGUCUCGAAAUGCUCAGCAUCGAUUUCAGGGCAAUAAUUUCUGAGGUAUUUGAUGAAUUAUUUGCGUAAAGUUUGAGAUCAAGUUCAUUACUAAAAGUACUAAGAUAUUUCAUUGAAUUCGCUGAACAAUCGUUGAAGUAGCUGAAAGCCAAGUUAGCAAUGGUCAAUGUUAUGAAAGGAGUUCUUGUUGAAUGUGAUCCUGCUAUGAAACAGUUUCUGCUACAUUUGGACGAAACUCAAUCGCUGGGCCGCAAAUUUAUCAUUCAGGAUCUCGACGAGAGACAUCUGUUCAUUUCGACGGAUAUAAUUGAAACGUUGCAAGCUCGUGUGGACGAUUUGAUGGACAGAAUCAGCGUAUCUCUGCACGAGAAAGAAGCAUAA